AUGAGCUUGCCAAUCCGCUGCUACUCGAGCUCACGCCUGCCGCUCGAAUCCAUCACGACGCACGAUCAGUACCACAAUGCUGGUCUAUCCAAGUCCGAUCUGCCUCGAUCGCCCAUCUCUCUCUUCCACGCGUGGUUCGAAGAGGCCAAGAAGGCAGACAUUUUGGCUCCCGAGACCAUGACGCUCUCCACGGCUAGUCUGAUGCAGGGCUCGCAAGGCAUCACUCAUGCUCGACCCAGCUCUAGAGUGGUGCUGCUCAAGACACUGGAUCAGCGCGGCUUCAUCUUCUUCACCAACUACUCUUCCCGCAAGAGCGGAGAAUUGCAGAGCAACCCGUGGUGCAGCUUGACGUUCUACUAUGAUCAGCCACUGCAUCGAUCGGUGCGCGUGUGUGGCAAGGCGGAAAAGCUCGGUACGGACGAAUCGCAGGCUUACUUUGACACUCGGCCCUUGGGAAGUCGGAUCGGCGCGCAUGCCAGUCCUCAAAGUCAGGUCAUCAGCGAUAGAAGGGAGCUGGAGGAGCGGGUGCAAAGUGUGGAGCACAGGUUCGAAGUGCCCGGUGCGGCUGGUCUGCAUGGUGCGCCUCCGCCAGAUGAGGGCAAAAAGAUUCCAGUGCCCGAAUAUUGGGGAGGCUGGCGCGUCAUCCCAGAUGAGAUUGAGUUUUGGUUAGGAAGGGAAAAUAGACUGCAUGACAGGUUCCGUUACACGCGAUCACUCGAGUCGGCCAAGGACGCAGCUGACGAUACGUGGCAGUUGGACCAGCUAGCUCCCUAAGAAGAAACACACUCUCUCUUUCGCAGAUUUCCAGCGCGCAAUAAUGAGAUUCACAUGCAACAUCCACUGCUAGCCAAGCUCGGCACAGCCUGAAAAGCGCCCUGAGUGCAUCAGGGACGUGACGAAUCAAAGACGUGGGCCAGUGACGACGAGCUCGCGACCUGCGCCACACAUGCAAAAGCAUUCGUGUUCGAACGGACCAUCAUGGUCAGCAAGGUUCGUUCGCGCCUGCUGCUGCUGUUGACUCACCAGAUUGAAGUACAUCCACAGCCUCAUUUACCAUCUCUUGGAUAAUUUGCGCAGCGGGCUUGAUGUCCUCUAAAGAUUAAACACGGCCAAAGUCUGAGCUACCGACUUGAGGUCACGUUGCCCCACGAGGAGAUUCGAAACGACUCACCAAUCACGCUUGCGCAUUUGCCGAGCAGGUAGCGCUCGCGAGCGCCUUCCUCUGCUGUGCCCUUCUCGUCAUCGUUCUCCAAAUCGUGGUAGACAGG